AUGACUGUCGAAAUUCAGAACGGCGUCACCGCCCAUAAGUCUGCGCUGCCUCUGGUCCAGAAGCUCUCCAAGGACCAUGAUCUGGUGCUGAAGACCUUCCGUCUCCUCAUUGCGGAUCUCUGCCAACAAUUCAAUGGUGGACACCCUGGUGGCGCCAUUGGUAUGGCUGCAAUUGGUGUUUCGCUGUGGAAAUACGUGAUGCGCUAUGCACCCCACUCCCCCAGCUUUUUCAACCGAGACCGCUUCGUCCUGUCAAACGGCCACACAUGUCUGUUCCAAUACUCAUUCCUCCACCUCACCGGCUACAAGGACAUGACCUUUGAGCAACUCAAGUCAUACCACUCAGAUCGCGUCGAUGCCCUGUGUCCCGGCCACCCCGAGAUUGAGCAUGAGGGAAUUGAAGUAACCACCGGACCUUUGGGUCAGGGUAUCGCAAACGCCGUGGGUCUGGCGAUGGCGACGAAGAACUUGGCUGCUACCUACAACCGCCCCGGUUUCGAUGUGGUGAACAACCACACUUGGUGUAUGAUUGGCGACGCUUGUCUGCAGGAGGGUGUUGGUUUGGAGGCUAUCUCGCUGGCCGGACACUUCCGCCUCAACAACCUCACUGUCAUCUAUGACAACAACCAGAUCACUUGCGAUGGAUCCGUCGAUCUCACCAAUACCGAAGAUGUUAAUGCGAAGAUGCGUGCUUGUGGGUGGAAUGUGAUUGAUGUCUCCGACGGUUGUUUCGAUAUCGAGGGUAUCGUCCGUGCUCUGGAGGAGGCUCGCGCAUCUAAGGACAAGCCCACCUUCAUUAACAUCAAGACCGUCAUUGGCUUGGAUAGCAGUGUGGCAGGAACUGCGGUCGCCCACGGUGCCGCCUUCGGCGCCAAGAGCAUCAUAGACAUGAAGACCGCAUACGGUUUCAACCCGGAAGAGCACUUUGUCAUUGGAGACUCUGUACGCCAGUUCUUCCAGGGACUUCCCGAGCGUGGCGAGCAAUGGGUCCAGGAAUGGGACCAGCUGGUGAGAGACUACACCAGCAAAUAUCCCGAGCUGGGAGCCAGCUUCCAAAGUCGCGUUCGGGGUGAGCUUCCCACGAACUGGCAGGAUCACAUCCCGAGUAGCUUCCCUGACAAGCCCACUGCCACCCGAGCUGCGUCUGGACUGGUGUUCAACCCCAUCGCCAAAGAGGUCAACUCCUUCAUGGUUGGAACAGCAGACCUUUCACCAUCUGUUAACAUGAUCUGGCCCGGCAAGGUCGACUUCCAGCAUCCCGACCUCCGCACCACAUGUGGCAUCAAUGGUGAUUAUUCUGGUCGCUAUAUUCACUACGGCGUGCGUGAACAUGCAAUGGCAGCCAUUUCCAACGGGUUGGCUGCCUAUUCUCCCAACACCAUCAUUCCGGUUACCUCGACCUUCUUCAUGUUCUACCUUUAUGCUGCUCCUGCCGUCCGAAUGGGUGCACUGCAGCACCUGCAGAUUAUCCAUGUCGCGACCCAUGACUCCAUCGGCAUGGGCGAGGAUGGUCCGACUCACCAGCCUAUUGAGCUAGCUAAUUUAUAUCGCGCGAUGCCAAACCUGCUUUAUAUCCGCCCCGGUGAUAGCGAGGAGACAGCUGGUGCCUGGAUCGCCGCCAUUGGAGCCAAGAACACCCCCAGCAUCAUCUCUACCUCUCGCCAGACUUUGCCUCAACUGGCUCAAACCCGUCGGGACAGCGUGGCUCUUGGCGCGUAUGUCCUGUCGGAAGCCGAGUCGGCCACUGUCACUCUGAUUGGUGUCGGAGCCGAGCUUUCUUUUGCACUGGAAGUCGCCACUCAACUGAAGGCCCAGAAAGGCAUCACUGCACGUGUGGUCAGCUUCCCUUGCCAGCGCCUGUUUGAGAAGCAGUCUUUGAAGUACAAGCGUGAUACUCUGCAGCGACACCGCGGUAUCCCCGCCGUGGUGAUUGAGCCCUACGCUCCCAAUGGAUGGGAGCGGUAUGCGGAUGCGGGUAUCUGCGUGACGCGCUUCGGCCACAGCCUUCCAGGCAAGGCUGCGUACAAAUUCUUUGGAUUUGAGAUUGAUACGUUGACUACCAAGGUAGCCAACUAUCUUCAGCAGAUUCAAGAAGACGAGUUCCUUCGCAGAGAGUUUGUUGAACUAUGA